AUGGCCCUCCUGCUCUCUCUGCUCACAGCCCUGGUGCUGCUCAGCUCAGGCCUUGGUGGAACUCUGGGCUGUGACCUGCUUGAGGACCACGUCCUGCUCAGCAGGGAGACCUUAGUGCUUCUGAGACAAAUGAGCACCAUCUCCCCUCUCUUCUGCCUGAAGGACAGACAGCACUUCCGAUUCCCCCGGGCAGCGGUGGAUGGCAGCCAGGCCCAGAAGGCCCAGGCCCUCUCUGUGCUCCACCAGAUGCUCCAGCAGAUCUCCGACCUCCUGUCCACAGAGAACUCCUCUGUCCCCUGGAACACGACCCUCGUGGACCAGCUGCGCACAGGACUCCAUCGGCAGCUGGAAGCCCUGGACACCUGUUGGGCGCGGGAGAUGGGAGAGGAGGGACCUGCCCUGGCCACGCAGGGCCCCGCCCUGGCCACGCAGGGCCCGGCCCUGGCCUUGAAGAGGUACUUUCAGGGCAUCCGUCUCUACCUGAAGGAGAAGCAAUACAGUGACUGCGCCUGGGAAGCUGUCAGAGUGGAAAUCAUGAGGUCCUUCUCCUCAACAAGAGCCUUGCAGGAAAGGCUGAGAAAUGAGGAUGGAGACGUGGGGUCACCUUGA